GAGCUUUUCCUGCUGCCGCCGCCGCUGCCCCACAACAAUUUUACGCGUCCAUGACAGUUUUGGGUUGCGCCAUUUUUCACUUAUUCUGCUGCAUGGUUCAUAAUGAGUGAUUAUUCAGCGGUAGCUCCGCCACAAUCUUCAAAUAGUAACGUUGCUUUUGCUGAAGCAUUGCACCGUGCUCGUUUGAUUGCUGCUAAAAUCAAUCCCGGCAGCGGGGAACACGCAGGACAAAAGAGGCCUCUUGAAGACGGCCCAGGUUCAGGCAUGGAUUGGACAGAGCCAGAGGCUAAGAAGCCUGCAGGGAACAUCAAUGACUACGCGUCCAUGAGACAGCCUAGCAAUAUGGCAGGCAACCCAGGCAUGCGACCUGGCAUGGGCGGCGUAGUGACUGAGGACAUAAGGGUGCCCGACAAGAUGGUUGGACUGAUCAUUGGCCGUGGCGGGGAACAAAUAACCAGGCUGCAAAAUGAGGCUGGCUGCAAAAUCCAGAUGGCUUCCGACAGCCAUGGACUGCCUGACAGACUGUGCACCAUUACAGGCACCAGGGAUGCCAUUAACCGAGCCCGUGACAUGAUUAUGGGCAUCAUAAAUCAGAGAGGGAACAAAGAAGGCGAUCUUCCUGGAUUUGACACCUUUGAGAGCCGUGGUGGAGGUGGCGGCGGAGGUGGUGGUGGUGGUGGCGGCGGAGGAGGAGGAGGAGGCGGCGGCGGCGGAGGACAUAUGGGUCAAAAUUCCGUGGAAAUGAUGGUGCCUGGAAACAAGGUUGGAUUGGUCAUUGGCAAGGGAGGAGAGACGAUCAAGCAGUUGCAAGAAAAGUCAGGAGCAAAGCUGGUUAUCAUUCAGGAUGGGCCAGAGACUGAGAUGGAAAAGGCACUGAGAAUCACUGGAGAUCCUCAAACAAUAGAAUAUGCUAAGCAGCUUGUCUAUGAACUGAUCUCCGACAAGGAUGCUCAGUUUAACAGAGGUGGAGGAGGCGGCGGCGGCGGCGGCGGAUUCAGAGGAGGACCAGGCGGCUUUGGCGGAGGAGGUGGCGGUGGAGGUGACCAAACUGAGGUUGCUGUCCCCAAAGCAGCCGUUGGUGUUGUCAUUGGCAAAGGGGGGGACAUGAUCAAGAAAAUCCAGAGCGAAACCGGUGCAAGAGUUCAGUUCCAUCAAGGCAGAGAUGAAGGACCAGGCGAGCGUCGCUGCAUUCUGUCUGGCUCCCCUAGCCAGGUCGCAGAGGCCAAGCAGAGGAUAGAAGAGUUGAUUGAUAGCGUCUCGAGAAGGGACAAUGAUGGAGGCAGAGGAAGAGGAAAACCAGGCGGCAGGGAGAAUGGUGGCCCAGGUGACCGCAAUGGAUUUGGAAACAACUGGGACAGGCGUGGCGGUGGCCCUGGCCAGAUGGAUAAACAUGAAAUCACGCUCUCUGUUCCCGCUAACAAGUGCGGCAUCAUCAUCGGCCGAGGUGGUGAAACCAUUAAGCAAAUCAACCACCAGACAGGUGCCCACUGCGAGCUUGACCGUCGACCCCCUCCCAACCCUAAUGAGAAGCUUUUCAUCGUCAAGGGUAGUGCUGAUCAGAUUGAGAACGCCAAAAGGAUGAUGACGGACAAAAUUGGAGUGCCUCCAACUGUCCUUAGUGGAGGACCUCCCCCAUCUACUCAGUACCCUGUUGGAGGACAACAGCAGCAGUUCAAUCAGGGCGGCUGGGGUGGCGGCUACCAGCAGUGGCAAAACAGCGGUCAGGGAGACCCAAACAGCGUGCAAAUCAACCCGCAGACAGGCCAGCCAGACUACAGUAUGCAAUGGGCUGAGUACUACCGUUCGCUGGGCAUGAUCCGUGAGGCAGAGAUGAUAGAGCAGCAGGCGAAGGCUCAAAAGGAGGGACUUGUUAUUGACCAGACCAUGCCACCUACCGCGGCCACUCCGGCAAUGGCUCCUCAGCAGGCACCGCCUCAAGCUGUGCCAACAAAUGGCCAGCCUGACUACAGUAUGCAGUGGGCUGAAUAUUAUAGGUCUAUUGGCAAAGUUAAGGAGGCCGAAGCCAUCGAAGCUCAAAUGAAGGCCAAGGAGGCUGGUCAGGUUCCGCCACCUGGUGCAACGCCCACUGGACCUCCGUCUGGUGCGCAGAUGCCCGGAGGUCAGGCUUACCAAUACGGCUACUCGAACUACUACGGCGGCCAAGGUCAGCCGCCCUCUGGGAUGCCAAACCAGUCAUAUGGCGGCUACCCUGCAUAUGGUGGCUACGGUGGAGGUCAGCCACAAGGACCAGAUAACUAAAA